AUGGCUGACUCAAAUACUAUGGUUGAUGUGAAGAGUGAUAGUGUUACGGUGAAAACUGGGGAUACUUGUCGAACUCGUAGUUCUGGAGUGAUGUUUACUCCCAAAGUUACACACGAUAUGGUUAGGUCUCUUUUUGACCCAACAAUAAGAAAGUCAUUUUUGGAGUACUGUGUCACUUUAACUGUCAUUGGGGAUAUUUUGGUUGGUUAUUGGAUUGGAAGUAAAUAUAGUGUACAGUUUGCUAAAUAUUUCUUUUUAGUACAAUAUACUAUAUGGCGUUUGGCUUAUAAUGUAGGUAUUGGGCAUAUAUUACAUCAGCAAUCAAAAUAUGAGAUAUUAUCAAAUUUUGCCAUUAAAAAUAAAUUGUUUGAUAAAAAGAAUAAUUCAAAUCUCUCUAGAUUUUGCAAAUUUGAGCUCCAAACUAAAUUGGGGGAGGAGUUCGAUAUUGAGUCCUACCCACCAGAGUAUUUAAUUUGGCUAAUGUUCCGUCAAUUUGUUGAUCUGAUUUUAAUGCAAGAUUUUACAAAUUAUAUCAUAUUCGUGUAUUUCUCUUUACCAGACUACCAAGGUGAUUAUGUCAAGUCACUAUUGAAUUUUAGAACAUUAAUUGGAAUCAUUAUGGUUAUGCUAAACGUCUGGAUUAAAUUGGAUGCCCAUCGUGUCGUCACUGAUUAUGCUUGGUACUGGGGUGAUUUUUUUUCUUUACAAGACUCUGAAUUGACAUUUGAUGGUGUAUUUAAUAUAGUACCACAUCCAAUGUACUCAUUAGGAUACCUGGGAUACUACGGGUUUUCUCUUUUGUGUGGAGACUACAAAGUUCUUCUAGUAUCCAUAUGGGGCCACAUUUUACAGUUUCUAUUCUUAAAAUACGUUGAAAACCCACAUAUUGAAAAGAUAUAUGGUUCUUCAAAAUUAACUAAUAAUAAUGAUAACAUCGAUGAUAUUAUUAUAAAAGAAAAUAAUGAUUACACCAAACCUUUGAUCUCGAAUGGUCUUUAUUUUGAAAAUUUCCAACUAUUAAGAUUUACUGACGUUUUCACUCUAGCGUCAGUAAUAUACUUGUGCGCAUGGGUUGUUAAAAGCAAACCUGGAAGUUACUAUUUAUUUAUCGUCACUGCAGCUUCAAAACUGUUAUCCUGGAGUGUCUAUUCAGCUUUACUAUACAAGCAAUCGCAAUAUAGGUCAUAUACAAAAGCAUUUUUAAAGAAUGGAUUUACUCAGAUAUAUUCUUAUAAAAAUUGGCAGUUUAUUUACAAUUACCUACUUUCUAUUACAACUACAUUGUUGAUCUUACAAACAUUGUAUAAGUUGUAUGAAAACUACCAUGCGAUAAACACAGUAAAUAUAAUAUUCGGUAUUAUUGUUUGUGUCAUUCAAAUUUGGUGUAAUUAUGAAAUAAGACAAGCAAUUUCAGACUUUGGUUACUUUUAUGGUGAUUUUUUUUUAACAAAUUACAUUAUUGAGAGAAAAUUAACCUCCCAAGGUAUUUUCAGAUACUUAAAUAAUCCAGACGCAUUUUUAAGCAAUUGUGGUGUAUUAGGAAGCGCCCUAAUGACAAAUUUCAAUCAUGAAAAUAUUACUCUGGUAGGAAUUUGGAUUACAACCAAUCUACUAUUCAAUAAAUUUAUAGAGCAACCUCAUGUCGAUAAAGUGUAUGGUAAAAACAAGAGAAAGGCUGGGGUGGAAAAAUCUUUAUUAAAAAUAAAGCCAAUAAAAUCAUUACUUAAUGUUUUAGAUAGCUUAGAAGCAGCAUUGCUAAAUAAAAUUAUACAUGAAAAACAGUUGAAAGAUUCCCAUGACGCAGAGAAUUUGAUGGACUGGGGCAUUGCCAUGCAAGAUACAAUUAGGGAUGUUAAAACAAACUUAGCUCCUAACUGUUUACUUAAGGUAGAAAGUAAUGGAUCAGAUAAAUGUAUUCUACCUAAUAGAAUCCUAGUCAGUUGGCAAUUACCCUCGGAAGUUUAUGAUACUAAGGAUUGGAUAGGAUUAUACAACGUUUUAAGCACAAGAUCUGAUUACAAAAAGACAAAAAUUUCUUCAUUUGGUCAUUGGAGUGCCACUUGUAAAAAUAGUUAUAAAGCUGAUCCAAGAAAUAGUAAUUCAGUAAACGAAUUUAGAGACAAAGGUAGUAUUAUUCAAGGUACUGUUAUAUUUGAUAAUAAUCUUCUAGUUUAUGAGCCUGGUAUUUACGAAUUCAGGUACCAUUCGAAGAACAGUCAUAAUGUUUUUUUAAUUUCGCAGCCUAUUCAAAUUGAAUACCCUAAAUUUGAAACCGAUAAUCCAGAGAGGCUAUUUGAGGAUUUUAAAAGAACUUUAAUCAACAUUGGAUCUUUACUUGACAAUAAGUUUGAUGGAAACGGUAAUAAAUAUUUUAAUAUCAAAGCGUUCGUGAAAUUUAUUCACUAUUCAACUGGAAUAGAAUUAUCAACAGAUUAUAUCAAAAAUGUUAAUGGCGAUAUUGAAACAAUUUGCAAUAGAAUAUGUGAAAUAAAAAAGAUACUGAACGAUUUUUCUUAA